UUGAAUAUUCGAGGACAACCGUUGGAUUGGAUAUUGAGAUUGAACCGGGCGUUUAGUUUGAUCGAGACAGCAGUUCCAAGGAGCUCUCAUCUGAAACAUUUAAUCAAGGAAAAUGGAACGACCAAAAAAGGGAAAGCCAGAAAAGCCAGAGAAUCCUGAGAAACCAGCGGAAAGGGAAAAACCAAGGGCUUCAAAACUCAAGAAGUCCAAGAAGGUGGAGGAGGAUGAAGAGUUGCCACCGCCAGUUGAGGAUGACAAAGACGACAUUAUUGCUCGUCUCCAGGAGGAGGUGAAGCUCCUGAAGAUCGAAGUGAAGACACUACGAAAGCACAUAAAAUCGCCCCAGGCUCCACAGGCUUCAGGCACAACAGCCAGCAAGAAGGAAAAGGAAGCCCCUGAGGUACCUGCCACCCCUAAGGGAAGAAAGUCCUCCAUUGGAUCCGCCAAGUCCAGGGAGAAGGGCUGCUCCUGCAAGGGCAACUGCGCCACCAAGAUUUGUGGAUGCGUCAAAAAGGACUUUUAUUGUUUGUCAACGUGCAAGUGCUCUGACUCAUGUCGUAAUCAGGAUCCAGGCAGUGAUAACGAAAACAAGGAAAAUGAAAAUGACCGGGCAGAGGAUGAAAUAGAAGAGGCGAGCUCCGCAUCAACCGCUGAGUCCUCCCCAGAGGUGUUCAGAGCCACUGAGAAUAAAGUUGCAAAACCAGCAAAGGAUUCCACUCAAGCAUUCAAUCCUAUGCAACCACGCCGCCAGCUGGCACGCAGUCCGCUUGCAGCAAAAGCUCCAAAAGACAUUCAGAACUCCAAGUCCUCACACCCAGCCCUCGCUGAGACCCCCCUCCCACCCACCAAAGUCGAGCCUGAGGAGGAAGAACUGCCACCCCCAGAAGAGAUUAACAGCGCUGAAGUUGACUGGGAGAAGCACAAGGCACAGCUGGUUCAGUGCUCCAAGUGCAGCAGAAAUUUUUACGCUUAUCGACUCAAAAAACACGAGAAGUCAUGUAUUAAAGUUUGAUUGUUAUCAUUAAUUUACUUAUUCAACGUAUUUUUAAAAAUGAGAAUUAAGUCAGAUAUUACUAAUACGAUUCGUCGCUUCUGGAAUAAUUUGAACUCGUGAAUGAACGUUCUCGGUGUGGAUCACUAGGAUAUUCAUUUGGUACUAAAGGAAAUGGACAUUUUUUACUGACCGAGAGUUUAUUUACUGCUCACAUAAUUCCAGGAUAAUGAGUUUACUUUUAUAUUAUUAUUCUGUGGGAAAUUAAUUUAUGCUUUCGUGGGUGUAAGGAGGAAUCGUUGUGAAUUAGAGUUUGAAACUUCUGAUCCAUUUAUUUUUUAUCGUUUUUCUAAAACUUUGAAUACUUUUGCGGCUAUUUGUUUUCAAUGGUUUUAAUUGACCACAUAAAUUAUUAUUUGGAGUAAUAGGUAGAGUUGAUUCAAAUAACUCCAAAAUACUUAUUGCAUUUGCGUCAUUAUUGCAUUGACAUUUAAUAUUUUAUGGACUGUAUAACCGUAAUAAACAAAGCAAGAUAACAAAUGGGCAA